AUGUCUCCGACCCCAGGACAGCGAGUCAAGCUCAACACCAACUGGUCCGGACCUUGGACUGCCGGCCCGGCCCCUAGCUUCAACUCCAACUCCAACGAUCAACUCCAACACAGUCAGAACCUCAGGGCUCAUUUCCUCACCGAGUGGAAUUUAACCAAGAUUGGUUUGGCGAUCGUGAGCGCCUAUCCUGCAUAUGAGCCCACCUCAACCGAGGCUGAUAAGACCGAUGCAGCAAGAGAGCGUCUAGACAGAGGUUCUCAAGACCCCGAAGUCCGAGAGGACUCGUUCUCCAAGUCUGCGGGUGACCCGCCCACCAUGGACCUCGAACGCCUAGACGAGGAUGACAAGGUUACCACUCGGUCUGCUACACUGCCGCUUGGCCAAGGACCAAGUGGAAGGCCACUUUCAUUAACCCCUCAACCUAUACAUCAUGAUGUCACGGAAGCAGCUCUCUUGUCUGGAGAUAUCGAUGAGACCGGUUGUGGAACACGAGCGCCAGUUCCCUCUAUUGCUUUAUCAGAGAAUUUAACCAGCGAAGCUGCCUCCGAUGGUGAUGAUGAGGGAACUAUUUUAAAGACGCUCAAGUUGAGGAAAGGCACGUCGGCGUCGGAUGAGCCCACCAAAACAGUGAUUGCAGCAUACAAUCACGAGGACGUGCUAAACUUUAAUGACGAGCCUCACGAGGUGCCUUUCCAUGGUACCUAUUUCAACAAUGUCUGGACACCAGGCCGGCGUGGGUUGAGGUUGACAAAUGGUGACAUGAGGAUUGUCCGAAAGUAUGUGCGCGCCGGCCGUCUCUUUAUCCCCCGAGAUGGAGACAAGCAUAUGUCAGAGCGCUUACCGGCCGAGACCCCCGACCCAGAGAGCGCGACGUCUGCAGUUUAUGUAGGUGUCUCUGGGGCCACGAUACAGCAUGUGUUUAUGCGGGACAAGCUCAAGGUAAAAAGGGUCUCGUUCGAAGACAACACAGACAGUUUCGAUCUGAAGGCUGAGCCUUCCCAGCAUGUGGCGGGAAUCAACACAAUCUUCCAUGAAGGUUGCACUGUGCCGGGAAACAUCUCGCGACUAAACCGGUUCUUGAAGGACAAAGCCACGGUGUUCGAGGAGCAGCCAGCACCAAUGGACAGGCUUGUGCGCCAACACAACCGCGUGCUUUAA